GAUUGGCCAGCUAAAGCUAAAGCCCAGCUCCGCUCAGCGGCGAAGGUAAAACGGGAAAAGUUGUGGGAGUUGCUUUUCAAGCUACAAGUCGACGCAGUUUACUCAAGAGAGAUUAGCAGAAGUGAUGCUUACUCACAGCAGUGCUGUGGUGACGAAGCAGGGCUCCCAGGAUUAGCUUGCUUGUCACCGCGGACUCCGCGGUCACCCUCUGCUCCCCGAUGACUUCCUUCAUCUCGGACUGGAUUUGGAGCGAGAGAUUCUGGCUUCCCGAAAAUGUGUCCUGGGCCGACCUGGAGAACCCACCACCUGGCGUGGAAUACCCCAAGCUGGGUCACAUGGUGUACGCUCUGCCUUUGGCGGUGGGGGUUUUACUAUCGAGGCUACUGUUUGAAAGGCUAGUGGCCAAGCCCUGUGCCCGCAUACUUCAGAUUCAGGCGGGAGUGCCUCGGCGAGCUCAGCCCAACGCCGUUCUGGAGAAGCUGUAUCAGUCCAUCGCGUGUCCGAAAUCGAGAGACCUGGAGGGACUCUCCAAACAGCUGGACUGGGAUGAGCGGAAAAUCCAGAGGUGGUUCCGCGUCCGUCGGAACCAGGACAAACCCAGCAUGCAGAAGAAGUUCUGCGAGAGCCUGUGGAGAUUCACCUUUUAUCUGGUGAUUUUUAUCUUUGGCAUUUUCCAGUUGUGGGUGUCACCUUGGAUGUGGGACACCAGACAGUGCUGGCACAACUACCCUUUUCAGCAUCGGAGUCAUGGACAGUACUACUACUACCUUGCAGAGCUGGCUUUCUAUUCGUCUUUGAUGUUUUCCCAGUUUACAGACAUCAGACGUAAGGAUUUCUUUAUCAUGUUUGUUCACCACUUGGCCACCAUAUUGCUUAUCACUUUUUCCUAUACCAACAACAUGGUACGGGUCGGCACUAUGAUCAUGUCGCUGCAUGAUGCAUCAGACAUUUUUCUUGAGGCAGCCAAGCUGGCAAACUAUGCCAAAUACCAGAGGCUGUGUGACAGCAUGUUUGUGGUUUUCACGCUGAUAUUUUUCCUCACUCGGCUUGUCAUCUUUCCAUUCUGGGUUAUUUACAGCGUGCUGUUUGAGAGCUGGGAGAUUGUGGGGCCGUACCGAGCAUGGUGGCUGUUGAACGGGUUGCUGCUUGUGCUGCAGUGUCUUCAUGUCAUUUGGUUCUACCUCAUUGCUCGUAUUGCAAUCAAAGCCAUUUUUAAGGGAAAGGUUUCUAAAGAUGACCGCAGUGACAUAGAGAGCAGCUCCGAUGAAGAUGUUUACUCCAACAGUCAUGGGAACACGAACCACACUAAGACCUAAAGGACAGCAGAGCCACAGGUGACGGCUUCUGAAGGGCCGCCAUGUUGUGUGUUUGUUAUUUCCAGGUUUUUGUAACUUUUUCCGAAGUGCCUUUCCAACACUUGUUGUUAUUUUGUUUUUUCCAAAGAGAGGUGCUGAGAUUUUCAGGAAUGUGUGGCACCCAAACUUUUGAGUUUUCCAGCACGAUGUUUACACUUGUUUGCAAGCAGCAACAGAAAAGUUUGUGUGUAGGGAAAAAAAAAAAAUUCCCACACCGCAAUGCUCUGAAUUUAGAAUUUACUACAAAUGCUUAUAUUACUGCAGAGAAAAGGAAAUCACUGCAUCAAAUGUAUAUAUACAUGUGUGUGUAUUUGUAUUUUCUAAUUUAAGAAUACCAAAGAAUUCAAGCUGUACGUGCUGCUUCACCGUUUGUACUUAGG